CUCCGUGUUUUACUGCGUGAAAAGAAGAAAGAGGACAGCUAGUGAAACACAGGUAACUGCUGAACAGCUGUGACGAUGUCUCGACCCGUGAAGAGCCACGCUCCGCCAUGGCCAGACACACCCAGGUGUUAUGGGAUCACUGGUCCGAUCAGUGAGGAUCUGCCCCACGAGGCCGAUUUGAUCCAGACCAGAAAACUGAUCGACAGUCUGAAGUCAUAUGGUGUGUUCGAGGACGACUUGGAGCUGCAGCACAGAGAGAAGGUUGUGAGGAGGCUGGAGCUUCUCUAUAAGGAGUGGCUCAAAGAAAUGUGUUUUGCAUUGAACAUACCUGAAUCAGUCACUGAAAAUGUCGGAGGCAAAGUCUUUCCAUUUGGCUCCUAUUAUAUGGGAGCUCACUCCAAAGGUGCUGACAUUGACGCUCUUUGUGUCGGACCUGGAUUUCUGGAGAGGAAGGACUUCUUCACGUCCUUCUACGAGAAGCUGCGAGCCCAGCAGGAGGUCAAACACAUACGGGUCAUUGAAGACGCAUUUGUCCCCGUCAUCAAACUGUCCUAUGAUGGGAUUGAGAUUGACCUCGUCUUCGGCCGCGUGGCGCGGAAGAGCAUCCCUGAAAACCUCGACCUUCUGGACGACAAGCUGUUGCAGAACAUGGAUGAACACUGCGUCAGAAGCCUCAAUGGCUACAGGGUCACAGAAGAAAUCAUGCGUCUUGUGCCAAACAUUUUUAACUUCAGGCUGGCGCUGAGAGCCGUCAAGCUGUGGGCCAAACGCCGUAACAUCUACUCCAACAAGCUGGGCUUCUUGGGCGGGAUAUCCUGGGCCGUACUGGUGGCCAGAGUUUGUCAGGUGUACCCCAACGCUACAGUUUCCACCCUGGUGAUCAAAUUCUUCAAGGUCUACUCCAUGUGGGUGUGGCCCGUCCCGGUCCGCCUGAGGGUCGUGGAGAACCGCUGCUACGACCUUCCUUUCUGGGAUCCCACGGUUAAUCUGAGCGACCGCUGCCACAUCAUGCCCAUCAUCACCCCGGCGUACCCGCAGCAGAACACGUCCUUCAACGUGUCUCCGUCCACCUCGUCCAUCAUCACAGCGGAGAUCGAGCGCGGCUUCGCCGUCGCUCAGGAAAUACAGCAGGAGGAAGCGAACUGGUCCAAACUCUUUGAAAAGCCAAACUUUUUUGAGAAUUACCAGCAUUACGUUCUGCUGCGAGCGAGUUCGGCCUCGGAGAAGCAGCAUCGUGAGUGGGUCGGCACUGUCGAGUCAAAGAUCAGACUCCUGGUGGGAAUCCUGGAGAGAAAUGUCCAUGUUUCUCUGGCUCAUGUUCAUCUACAGCCUUUCCAUGGACCCGGGAAGGACAACAACAAAGAGGGAGUGAUCACAACCUGGAUGAUCGGACUUUCUUUGGUCUUUAAUACAGACGGGUCUAAAAACCAGAAAAUAGACCUGACCCCCGACCUCCUUUCCUUCACUGAAACUAUCUACAGCCAGGCAGAGAGCGGCAGGACGUAUGAAGAGGGGAUGACCGUCUCCGCCACGUACGGCAGCAGGGAGAACCUCAGCUGGGAGAUGCCAAACGGCGACCGCAAAAGGCUUUUCAGUCCAAAACCGAGCCACCAACUCUCCGCCACAGCGCCGCCUCGUCACGCUCCACCUGCCGGCCGUGGCCAGCCGGGCGUGAAGAGAGAAGGCCGGCCUCAGUCUGAGACGCCGGCCAAGAGAGCGAAAGCUGACGAGGAGUCGGUGUCGGUGACAGAAGCGUCCACAUCCGGCAGGAUUUCACCGGCGACGCCCGGCUGCUGUUCUCUACGUUCAGACACUUCACCUGAGAAGAUGAAACGUGACGAGGAGCUCACCCGCUCUGAGGAGUCUCCUUCAGGUGUCUCCCUCAGUCAGAGUCCGUCUCCCAGUGUGAGCCCACCACGCCACGAGAGACCUGGCACCCCCGAGCUCCGGACGCCACACAAGAAAUUCAAACACGACCCGAGUCAGCCCGCUGUGGAGCUCUCUGACCAGCUUCCUGCUCCAACCACGCCCGUGACCUUCGUGAAAAACGCCAUCCAACUGCAACUCCUCAGGUACAGCAGCAGACGUGUGGAGAGAAAACCUCUCCUCCGUCUCUGUGGCUGCACAAACCUCCACUCCCUCCUGCCGCCUCGUCAUGUGUAGCACUCAUACAGCACACAGACCGGUAGACUGAUCAAACCUUUACACCACAAGAGGGCAGUAAAGCCUCGAGUACAGAUACACUGUUAGAGUGAGACCCUGCUGCAGAUCGGUUAUCUCUUCUAAUGGCUCGCUCUGUGCAGACCUGAUAACAGUAGUGAGGCUCUUAUUAAUCAUUUUCUAAUGUAUGAAUAAUGAUUUAAAAUGAUUAGAAGUAAUAUUAAAAAAAUACAUCUUACAUCAGUUUUCUUAUCCUCCCUGUUCCUCACUGUCUCUCUUACAGGCGUAACUGACAAAAACAACCUUCAUCCUCCAUCACCAGUCAUUUAUUUUGCUUUCUUCCUUUUCUUUUUGCUUGCUCGUUGUGUUUCGUGCGCAUUGUACUCAAAUAAAUGAAAAUGGAGAACAAAGUUUAUCCGUCUCUUUAAAUAAAGCUUCAAAAAAAUA